GCUUCCAUCACAUCAACACUCGAUUCAUUAUUGAAACUCAGAAAUGCCAACAAAAGGUUAUAUGUUUGGAAAGAAAAAACGUUACUGUAAGCCCAGAGGACGACAUGCUUCAAAGACAAAUGCACAAUUACAAAGCUCUGUUUUGGAUACAGCUGGAUCUGAAGCAGCAACAACACAGCCUGCAAGUGCAGCUGAGCGAAAAAUAUCCCUAACUGCAGUUACUAACGCUGAUAACACCAAUAAGAGGCUGCCUGAAGAUUUCAUAUACGUCAUGAUGAAUUCAAUGCAAUUGACCACAAUGGUCUCCUUGUUGUGCUGUCCACAUUGCUUUGACAACAAAUUAACUAUGUUCAUCACACAAUCAAAAGGCAUGGCUCAUUUGAUUAAAAUCAAAUGCCUAAAUUGUGAAACAUAUUUGUGGUCCGACUGGACCUCAAAAAAAAGUAAUGAUGUUCAUCUGGAUAUUAAUGUCCGCGCUGUCAAUGCAUUAAAAGAAUCUGGAAUCUCGCAUUCUAAAUUUGAUAGGUUUUGUGGACUUAUGAGUAUGCCCUGCAUGCACAGAAAUACUUAUAACAAUCUAGCUAACAUAGUCAAUACUGAUAUAAUUGAAGCUGGUGAAGAAUGUAUGAUUAGGGCAUCUGCUGUUAGUGCAUGGAAGAAACAUUUCACAACCUCUAACUACAGAUGAAAGAAUAAGUUCAACAGGCUGUCCUGUUAUUACAGUUUCUUUCGAUGGGACUUGGCAUAAAAGGGGCCACUCAUCUCAUUCAGGAAUUGGCACAGUUAUUGAUUUUGAUACUGGACUCGUCAUCGACACCAAAGUCCUAUCAAAUUAUUGCCAUGUUUGUGAUUCAAACUCUGCAGAACUAAACUUUGAUGCCUCUAAGCAUAUGUGUCAAAAAAAACUUCAGUGGCUCAGCAAAUGCAAUGGAGGCUGCAGCAGCAUCCAAAAUCUUUUCGCGCUCUGUGGCAUCCAGAAAACUUGUUUAUGGCAUGAUGCUGUGUGAUGGCGAUAGUAAAUCGCAUUUAUCUGCCAUUACCAACUCAGGAUAUGAUGUAGAAAUCUUAAAAGAGGACUGCAUUAACCACAUCUCAAAAAGAAUGUUUAAUGCUUUGAACCAGGGUUCGUAGCCACCUUGAAAACCUGGAAAACACCUUGAAUUUCAUAUUAAAUUCAAGGCCUUGAAAAAACCUUGAAUUUCGUAAAAAACGGACCUUGAGUUCUUUCCCUCCCGAUACCUGGUGUUUAUUUUCGUAUUUUCCCCGGUUACAUUGAGCUGACCAGUGACGACGCGUCUACAUGCACCGCCUUUCACCCACUUGUGAAGCGCGACCUCGUGAUUGAAAACGACCUUGGCUCAAGCAAACAUUUCACUUAGCAUUGUUUUCCUUUCACUGUUACGACUGAAGACGCGCUAGAUCUAGUCUGUAGUGAAUAUUGUCUAUAACUAGAGCAAUUAGCAGCCUAAUGUGAAGGCUACACCCCUCCGGGCCCUCCCUCGCCGAAAAUCUUCUUGUUGUAACAGUAAGAGUGACUUCGCGUGGAAAGUCCGUAUAUCAUCUUAUCUUUGUGUCUUUCUGAGUAUUUUAUUAGAUUUUGUAUUUGGAGAUUAUGAUUCAGUGUUUAAGUAUAAUUGCUACCGGUACUUUACUUUUGAGUCUUCUCACGAUCCAUCCUUCUCAUCUAGCUAGAAAUAGUAUCUAAAUUUAUAUUUAAGUUAGAUCUAGUGAAGAUAAUUCGCGCUUAACGUGAAAACUCCGUGAAUUUUAGUUAAUUUAAGGAUCUAGAUGCAGGUACAUCUAAUGUCUAGAUUGCUCUAAAAAUAUUGUAGAUUUACGCUAAAUCACUAGAAUCUAGUGAAGAUAAUUCCCUCACAGCCGUUAAAAGUCCGCGAAGUUUAGUGACAUUGAGUUAGAAUCUAUAGAGUCUAGAUCUACGAUAGAUUCAGUGAAGAUAAUUCGCACACAGCCGUGAAAAGUCCGCCAAUGUAGUGUCUUAAUUAGAUCUAGACUGUAGAAGCAGUGACAGCCGUGAAAAGUCCGCGAAGUUAGUGACUUAGAUCUAGACUCUAGAUUUACAGUAGAUUCAGUGAAAAUAAUUCGCACACAGCCGUGAAAGUCCGCGAAUUUUAGGCACUAGAUUUAUGUUGAUUCAGUUAAGAUAAUUCGAAAAAGUCCGCGAAUUUAGUGCCAUAGACUUAGAUCGAGACUUAAUUAACGCUAAUCCAAUAGAAUAGAGUGAAGAUAAUUCUCUCACAGCCGUGAAAAGUCCGCGAAUUUAGUGACUUAAAUUUAGAUCUACUGUAGAUUUAACGAAAAUAUUUCGCACAGAGCUGUAGAAAAGCCAGUAGAGUUAUUUUGGUUAAAACUGAUGGAAAGCAAGUCAACUGCUAUAGUAAGAAUGAAAUAUUAUUUGUACAAAUCUAUGUCAAUUUAAGAAAAUUUCCAACUUCAGAUUGUGACAGUUUUAGCUGAAUUACAUCUCCAUAUUUUAAAAAAGUUAUUCUUCUGUAAUGCAAGCUUGUGUGUGUUUUUAAAUGUAUUAGUAAAGUUUCCCUUUUCAGACCUUGCGAUCUAUGGGGCAGAUGAUUAAGGUCAUCUGUUUCUUUGGCCAAUGGUUCAUGAGCAGGGUGUUAUGUGGCCAGCACAACGACCAACCGCCUUUACUUCCCCCAACUAUAAGUCAGGUACCCAUUAGAGUUGGGUUGACUCAGGGGCGCCCUAAAAAUCCAGAAAUUCAAAAUCCCAGUCUUCACCGGGAUUCGAACCCAGGACCUCAGGUUCGGAAGCCAAGCGCUUAACCAUUUGACCACCGCGCCCCCUAAAGUAAAGUUUCCCUUUUCAGACCUUUCGAUCUAUGGGGCAGAUGAUGUUAAGUUCAUCUGUUUCUUUGGCCAACGGUUAAUGAGCAGGGUGUUAUAUGGCCAGCACAAAGCCCAACCGCCUUUACUUUCCCCAACUAAAGUCAGGUACCCAUUAGAGUUGAGUUGACUCAGGGGCACCCUAAAAAUCCAGAAAUUCAAAAUCCCAGUCUUCACCGGGAUUCGAACCCAGGACCUCAGGUUGGGAAGCCAAGCGCUUAACCAUUCGACCACCGUGCCCCCUUUUAAAUGUAUUAAAAAGUUAAAAAGUUGCAUUUAAAUGCUUAGGAAACACUAGAGAUGAAUUAUUUUUUUUUGGAGGUAUGAUUUCAACUUAUCAGCAUACAUUUUA